AUGGCCGGCUGGGAGCCCGCGAGAGUCAAGUCUCAACUUCGUCUGACUGCCCAACGUCUGGGCCAGUUGCAAGACAAGUUAGAGGCACAGGCCCAGAUUACGCGGAGAGAUAUUGCAACGCUUCUUCAGCAGGGAAAUGUUGCCCUUGCACGGGCCAAGGCCCACAAGUUAAUCAAUGAAGAUGCCUCGGGUGAUCUCCUUCAGACGCUGGAAAUGCAUGUCGGUGUCGUACUAGGGCAUUUGAACGAGUUUGAACGAAGCGAACCUCCGAGUCCAGUAUUGGUUGAAGCUGCCUCAAGUAUCAUCUACGCUACUCCACAAACACAGUCCAGAGACCUUCAGGUAGUCCGAGACCUAUUGAUUCAUCGUCUUGGUCCCGACUUCGCUCGUUCUGCUGCUGGGAAUAGAGACCAUUAUGUGUCGUCAAGAGUUUUACGUGCUCUCUCUGCCCCUCCUCCUUCUGCAGCCAGACUUGAUCAGUAUCUCUUCAACAUUGCAAGAGCACAUAGCGUGCACUGGAUGCCUGAUAUUCAACCACACGAAAAAGUCAACGCGUUGUCAGAGAUGCUGGAUCCAUCAACGACUCCUGUAAUUGACAUGACACGUCUUCGAAUGCUAUGUUCACACGGUCUACCGGAAUAUCCAUCGUGGCUGAGACCUAGGAUAUGGAGGCUCUUAUUGGGCACACUUCCGGUCGAAAAAUCGUCCUGGGGCGAUGAAACGCGUAAGAACCGUGAAAGCUACUAUGAUCUCGUCCGACGCUUACUCGAGCCUUUCUCCUCACUCGCCCCUCCCGCAAGUCCGCUGGGCCCCCUGGACGCAUCGUUGAUGGACGUGUCAAAUGAAUUGUCGCAGGUUCCGUCAAACCUUCUGGGUGGGCUGCAAGAGGACCCAGAGGCUUUAGCCCUCUGCCCAUUGGAUAGUACGGCUUCUGAGGACAUCAAGAUCAGCUGCGCUGAAAAUCUGACUUCCCGUCUACGUGUCCUCCGGGAAGCUGAAUCUGCGGAUGCCUCAGAUGACGUGACUCCAGAAAUCCGCCUGGAGGGUACCCCGGAAAUUCGGCUGGAGAACCCAGAGGAUAAUCCGGGUGUGAAAACUACUGCCGAAGCUCCUGGUGAGAAGGAUGGUGCGUCUACUCCGGUGACUCCUGGAUUGUCUACGCCUGGAUCGCCGACUUCAAGUAAUUCUGGGCCGCAUACCACUUUGCUUGCAUCGCGCACUUACUCUGCUAUGGGCACACAUCAGAAGCAUGCGUCUGCUUUGCUUCGGCUCCUGUAUAUCCAUUACUGCUUGAAUCCGGCGAACCGGUCACCACAGAUAGCGUCACUCCUGGUUCCCAUUUACUCCGCCCUGAACGAGGAGGUCGAAGUACAAGAUCUGGCUCAUGUUGAGGCGGACACUUUUUGGGUGUUUGAAGCCAUGAUCGGCGAGUUUGCGGAACUGGAGGACGAGGGGAACGGCAACCUUUGGACACGCAAAUUGGGUGAGCGGUUGGAGUGGGCCGACCCGGAGCUUGCUGCGAAUCUGCAAACCCAGGGUCUGGAUCCAGCACUUCCUCACUACUCUUAUCGUUGGCUUAUCACUCUACUCACACACACCCUCCCCUUACCUGGUGUCCUGAUGGUCUGGGAUGCGCUGUUUUCUCGGCCCACGCGGGAACGCGACGCCAACCCCAAACUUGACUACCUCACGGAUACUUGCACCAGUAUGCUUCUAUGCGCCAAAAGUGCACUUCUCCAAUUGGGGAAACGGCGUAUCAAGCCCGAUCUUUGGUCUGAUGAGAACGCUGCGAUACGGUCAACUUCUUCGGGAGCUCGCGAAUUGGAGGAUGCGUUUGCGGAAGGCAUGGCUUUCCUGCAGCAAUAUCCCUUGGAGAAAGUUGGGGGUAUCGAGAACGUAUUGCAAACUGCAUACGAUCUGACUCUUCAACGGGAAGCUGAAGCCAACGCCGUAAACGCAAGCAAGACGAGCAUAGGAGCCCGUCUUCGAGAUACCAUGUGGAGGGGUUUCGCUAACCAAGGACCCACCCUUGAAACCCACGUCGAAGAGGACAGCGAUGCGGAAUCUGAUGAGUAUGAAGAGGAUGAACACAAGACGGACCAGUCUGUCAAUGCUGGUGCGCCCACGCUGACGGCACGCUUGGCCAAUACCGUCUGGCGUGGCAUCAGCAAUCAGAGCGCAAUGGAGCCUCCGCCGUCUCCUGAACCCCCGGCGUCCCCUGCGGAGCUUGUUGCCCCACCAGAGCCAGAGAUCCCGCCGAAGGAUGUUCCUACGACGUCCCUUCCUGCUCGUGGCCGCUCUAUGCUGUUUGGUUAUGCUGAGAAGUUCAAAGAGUCCGACGCAGCUGCGACAUUGGCCAAAGUCAGUACGAAUUGGCGUGUCAAGGCAAUGGAUGUGUGGAGUAAACGCGCGAGCGGCAGCCACGUCACAGAAUCCGCACCACCGACUCCCCCUCCCCCUCCUCCUGCACGAUUCAAGCCCUCGUCGGUUGACUUCGAUAUGAAAAGACGUGCUACACUACAGGAGGAGAAAGCCAAGGUGGAUAACCGAAGGAGCUCAGUACCCACAGCUGACCGGUCCAGUCUGUAUUCGCCUCCAGAACGGCCUGCAUUCUUCCGACCCGUAAGGGAUAGCAUCGUCCUACCUCAGGGACAAUCGCUGCUUUCCCCAAUCUCCCCGAGGAGUGACGAAGUAUCUCCUGUGUCUGACACUGGCUCAAUAGGCAGUGCAAGUGGGAGAAAGUCGGGUCCCCGCCCUUUGUUGUUGAACUCAGCGUCGCUGAUAACAGCUGGGCGCCCUACUGGGCAUUCGCGUUCUCCAACCAACAGCUCACUCUCGCUCUCCACAGACCAACAAUGGGCAGAGAUGGUUCGUGCCAAAAACCGACACUCUCCUGUCCACAGGGAUUCACAGUCGUCUCUAUCUUCCGCCUCACCUGCUGACGCGCGGCGCUCGCAACCGAGGUCUGCAACCCGAUCCGACCGUGAAUCCGACGGCUUCGGUAGCAGGAUUGUUCCUCUGCGAAGCUCACCAUCGCCUGCGGCGCGGGAGUCACGGAUAUCUACGAUACACGUCAAGCCUGCCAGUCCUCCAGUACAACAUCGGCGGACGUCCGGAGAAAUCUCUCAACAUGGUAGUGACGACAGCCAGAGCGCGAAAGGCUGGGGUCGUGUCGAUGUCCCGGAUUCACCUGCGACAGUCCCUUCUCCGCCACUCCCACACACUCCUGACACGUCGGUCACGAACACCAACAGCGGAGUCCAGGUCAAGGACUCGGAGCCACAGCGGGGAUCAGUCGUGCUCACCCAGUCGAGUGCAGAGUUACCAGUCAAGGUGCAAGAAUUCAAGCUCUCUCGGAGACCCUCCGUGUUCCCUCGCAUGCCCGAAGACGAGAACAACUCAGAUUCCUCUACAACCGAACCGCCCUCGAGAAUGCCCCGCAUAAAGUCUAGGCGAUACCCUCCCCGCCUCGCCAGUCUGCGUGCCCGAGAGAAUACGAAGACGAGCACUAACGAGUUCGGCCAGAAGACGUUGGCUCCUGAGCUUCCGGACGAGAAUGACAAUGCGACGACACCUCGUGCUACGACCUUUGAAGAUGCCACGGUCGAGCCCACACCUGCGUCAGCCUCUCCCCGCCCACACAGGCGUGUGCGAAAGAACUCAGGCGAAGCCAAUAGUGAAACUCGGACACGGAAAGUGUCCAAUGAUGGACGGGAUGCUCGUGUACGGAAAACAUCUGGCGAUGGCAACAUUAGGGUCCGCAAGGUGUCUGGAGACCGGGACGAUGCGAAGCUCAAGCGCGUCGACAGCGCCGCCGUGGAAGGUGAUGAUGAGGGAUAUAAUGAGCUUCUUAGCGCAUACGAGAGCGAGGACGUCUAA